GAAGCAUUCGUAUUGCAGACUAGAGCAGUAUAGACAUCAGAGUGAUACGUUCUCAAAAUAUAUAAUAAUAAUACCAAUAUAAAAGUAGCAUUAUUUAUUAUUUAAAAAACAAAAAGUACUGUCAUUUCAUUGUUAUAUUUACUGAACUUACUAUUUAAUGGUAAACUAUAUAUAUAUAUAUAUAUUUUAAAUUAUACUUUACUAUUUAAACAUAAAAAUACAGUAUUUUAUCUACCCCGUGACUUUUACUGCAUUGGAUUUUGUUCAUCUCAGGAGGACUAAAAUAUUGGAAAGCAAGGUCAUUUUACAUACUGUUUCAUAAAAGGAAUUAGCAAUAGUAACGCUGCUGUAUAAUCGUGAGGGACCGACGGUACACCACUAGCAAGGACAAAGAGAGCACGAGAAUUCGGAAGCAAGAGGAGGAUAGAAGCUGUCUGACAAAAAUAAAAAAUAAAGAGACAUUUCUUUUGGAUUGGCUUUAAAGAUGAAGCAAAGCACUGCAAAAACAGAGAUGAGCCGGUUUAACAUUUCACCAGACGAGGACAGCACUGGCAGCUCCAACAGCAACGAAUAUGGCUACCCCGAAUGUACCACAAAAAAAGCCCCCAUUAUCAGUCAAUAUCAAGAUAUGGACCCAGAGAGCCAGAAUUUCCUCCCAGACUACCACCUCGGAAAGAAAAAAUAUGAAACUGAAUAUUCUCCCGGCACAACCUCAUUUGGAAUGUCAGUAUUCAAUCUUGGCAACGCUAUCAUGGGUAGUGGCAUCCUGGGACUUUCCUACGCCAUGGCGAACACUGGAAUUGCACUUUUUGUGGUCCUCUUGAUUGCUGUGUCUAUAUUUUCCCUGUAUUCUGUACACCUUCUGCUGAAAACUGCAAAUGAAGGAGGAUCAUUACUGUAUGAACAGCUGGGAUACAAGGCAUUUGGCAUGCCAGGAAAACUGGCUGCUUCUCUUUCAAUCACAAUGCAGAACAUUGGAGCUAUGUCAAGCUACCUCUACAUUGUGAAGUACGAGCUGCCAAUUGUAAUCCAAGCGUUCCUGGGCAUGAAGGAAAAUACUGGAGAGUGGUAUAUCAACGGAGACUAUCUUGUUCUGACAGUGUCCCUACUCAUUAUUCUACCAUUGUCCCUGUUAAGAAAUCUUGGAUAUCUUGGUUAUACCAGUGGCUUCUCCUUGCUCUGUAUGGUCUUCUUUGUUAUUGUUGUUAUCUAUAAGUCAUUCCAGAUUUCCUGCCUUCUGAUUUUUGAAAAUGAUGCUCUUAACGCGACUCUGAACUACACAGUAGCUCACGUGGCAGCUGCAGUUCGUGAAACGGCUGUGACAGUGCAGAAUGCCACUUCCGAUGAGGACACGUGCACAACCAAGUAUUUUGUCUGGAACUCGCAGACCGUCUAUGCUGUGCCCAUCCUGACCUUUGCCUUCGUGUGCCACCCUGCUGUGUUACCUAUCUAUGAGGAAUUGAAAGAUCGUUCCCGCAAGAGGAUGCAGAACGUGUCGAACGUUUCCUUCUUUGCCAUGUUUGUCAUGUACCUCCUGGCUGCUCUUUUUGGAUAUAUAACUUUUGGAAACAACGUGGAGCCAGAGCUUCUUCACACUUACUCCAAGGUUUACAAGUUUGAUGUCGUCCUCCUUAUUGUGCGUCUUGCAGUGCUGACCGCUGUCACCCUCACAGUCCCUGUUGUGCUGUUUCCCAUCCGUACGUCAGUUAAUCAGCUGCUGUGCGCCUCAAAGGAAUUCAGCUGGGUCCGUCAUACCAUUAUCACUUUCAUUCUCUUGGGCUUUACCAACGUACUUGUUAUUUUCGUGCCCACAAUCAGGGACAUCUUUGGAUUCGUUGGUGCUUCUGCUGCUGCUAUGCUCAUCUUUAUUCUCCCCUCUGCAUUUUACAUCAAGCUGGUGAAGAAGGAAUCAAUGAAGUCAGUUCAGAAGAUUGGGGCUGUAAUCUUCUGUAUCAGCGGCUUCUUCGUUAUGAUUGGAAGCAUGACCCUAAUCAUCCUGGAUUGGACCCAGAAUGCUGCUAUGGCUGACGGCCAUUAAACAAACCUGGAAGUCACUGUCUUCUGGCUGCAAUGUAAUCCUUACUAAACAGUGUCUUUACCCACACUGACAAACAAACCCACAAAAAAAUGCAUACCGAUUCUUAAAAAAAAAAAAAAAAAAAAUAGCAGAGAAAAGGAUUUUUUUGUGGGUGAACAGAUUGGAUUUCAAAGACUUCAUUACAAUAACAAGUACAUUUUUGCUCAACCACAGCCAAUGGGCAGCGACUUAUACCAUUCCAAGAGAAUGUAAUAGACUUUGUACAGUAUGCUGUUAGGCCACAUGGAUGGCAUUUAAAACUGUUCCUGUUUCCAGUGAUAUAUAUUUUUUAUGACAAUUUCUUCUUUUUGUGUUAGUUACAGUACUAUAUUUUGAAUGUGCCUAAAGUGGGGGCAUACAUCUAAGCCUAAAAUGCAGCUAUGAAGUUCCAGUUCAGGUAUACAAAAAAAGUGGCAUUUGCAUGCGUUUUCUUUGUACAUACUGUAUUUGAGCACAACUGUAGUUUUAACAGUCACCUGGUGCCCCUUAAAAGGGAAUUACCAGAUUUAAAAAAAGUGGGUAUGAAGCAGAGUAAUUGAGUCGUAUGCAGGCUUUAUCCAAAAGUCAAAGCACUUCUGCUUUACAUGGCCAAAAAUUAUUUUAAGAAAUAAGUAGUUACUUGUAUUUUUAAGGAUGUAUCUUCCUUACACUACUUUUAAUUCAGGUUUACCAAGUGUCAGAACAAUUGUAUCAAUUACUUUUUUAACAGUGUUAAAUCUCAAAGGUUAACUGCCCUUGGUAAUGUAAUUAGCUUUAGUGAAAAAAAGCAUCAAAUUUAAUAAAACCUGUUUAGAAGAGUUUUUAUAGUGAUGUAUUUGUGAAGCGUAAUUAGAUUAACUAUCUACAGAGGCAAAAUGUCACUAGAUUGGCUUUAUAAACAGGUUGUGUUGUAUUCUAGUUCUUCACCUCUGCUAUACAGUAUUAAAAGCACGAUAUUUGAACUGAUCAAGCCUGUAAAGAGGGUGCAGUAAUAAAAGAAACGUAGUUCGAGAGAAAUUACAAAACAGGUGCCAUAGCAAGUACCUUCAUUUAUUUCUUGCCAGCCACUAACUUGACUGCAUUUCAUUUGAUUUUUUUUGCUAUAUGUGACUACUUUAAAUGUAAAACUGCGCAUGAAAAACAGUAAUGGGAUUAUACCUAGAAGUGGCUACCGGAUAUAAGUGAAAAGUGCACAGCCGGUUCAUGACAUGUCACUGCCUGUUCCUGUAGCUUACAGUAGCAACAUUUCCUGUUUUUAAAACCCAGUCAAAAUGUGAUGUUUUAUUUAUAAGUUGGAAGCUUAUAAAUAAAGUGACUACUUUAAAUGUAAAACUACGCAUGAAAAACAGUAAUGGGAUUAUACCUAGAAGUGGCUACCGGAUAUAAGUGAAAAGUGCACAGCCGGUUCAUGACAUGUCACUGCCUGUUCCUGUAGUUGGAAGCUUUUCUUUGAACACAGGAUUUUAAAGACGCAUGUAAUGUAUAUGGCUUCCCCGUGUGAUGGGUUAUGUUUACAGAAAUAUGAAAGCAUCCUGUUUGGUUACCUACUGUGUUAAAAUUACAACUGCUGUUUUACUGUCACCUCAUGUUUAAAGAUAUACUGUGCUUCCGAUACAAAUUUCAGUUGUUUUCGAUGGUGUUACAUUGUCCUGCGAUAUUUAUGGAACAACAUGAAAUCAACGUAAUUGAAUCUAUUUUACUAUAUUUAUAUAAAAUGUAUAUAUGUAUAUAUAUAUUGGUUUGAAUGUAUAUAAGCAGUUUUUUUGUUGUUAUAUUAGCUUCUUGCAAGUUGUUAAAUAUUGUGGACCUGGCCAGGGCUGCUAAUUUCGAGUUGCUUUAACAGCUUGUUGAUUUCUCCCACCAGUCGUAAUGGAUCAGCUAGCUUUUAUUUUCUAGUAGUGAAAACUAUCCCCCAGACCACUAAUUGUAAUUCAAGCAAAAAGUUUGAUAUUUUAAGUAGAAAACAAAAACAAUAAACAGAUAUAGAUUAUUAAGUAGCUCAUUUAUUUAGUAUUAUUAUUAUUAUUAUUAUUAUUAUUAUUAUUAUUUUAUAUAUAUAUAUAUUUUUCCCCCACAAUGGGUGCUGCCAAUUUGGAUACUAUUUAGAGGGCACACAUUAGGUAUUGUUCACAUUUUCACUGUAGAGCUCUGUUGAACUUGAAUGGGUCCAUAACAAACUAUGGCUAUUCACUGUCACUUGAACUUUAUAUUGCUGAUGAUUGCUGUAAAAAAUCAUUAUCCUCAAGUCAAUGUCAUCUACCUUUUUUGUUAAAAACCUAAUUACACCUGAUAGACUUACUACAGAUCGAUUAAUGUGAGUGAAGUCUUGAUUUUGCUAGUUUACAAUGGUUUGUGUACACUGUAGAAAUACUGUAUGUGUUGGUUCUGCAUACAUGUUUUCUGUAUUCCAUUAUGUAUGUAUAUUUCAGCACUGUUGGAGAGUAAGCAAACUAGAAAUAUCAUUGUGGCAGACAAAGAGAGCAUUAACAUCAGUGCUGUACUCUUGUUUCAAUGAAACAUUAUGUAUAUCCUGUAAUUAAAAUUAAAUAAAAGUUAUAGAUAGUGUAAACCCUAAAUAAA